AUGGAAAUCUUGUUCUUCCUCCUUACCACAAUACUCCUGGCGUCGUCGACCGUUACUGCUCAGCUGACGUUCACUGCUCGCGUCCAGCAGUUUGGCCAAGAUGCUGAUGCCUCUGAACUCAACUUUGUGCCGAUUCAACCGAUGGGUCGCCGCAAGCUCCCACCAUCUUAUUAUCGCCAACGUGGCAGUGUCAACGGCACAAUCACUCUGACAAACGCUAGUGAUAAGGGCGAACGAGACUUAGUCAGCGAAAGCGCUAACUGGUGUGGAGCAUCACAGCACACAGAGGGGGACGAUCAAGUCGCCGACAUCUUGGGGGUGUUCACGGUGCCGGAUUUGACGCUUCGGCAGGGGAAGGCACCGCCGCAGUUCGCAUCUGCAUGGGUCGGAAUUGAUGGCGCUGCGUGCUCUUCUGUGCUGUUGCAGGCUGGCGUCACGACUGUGCUGAGACAGGAACACGUUCGUGACGUGGGAGGGAAACAGGUCAAUUCCAAUGGAGGACAGAGCGCGUCGGCUUGGUGGGAGUGGUACCCCGAGGGGGCGUACACAAUCGAGGGUCUGCGUGUGAAACCGGGGGAGUGGAUAUCAGUCAACAUUACCACAACAAGCCCGUCGAGCGCUAGCAUCGUCAUCACCAACAUCGAUCGUGGAUACUCCGUCUCCCUCGUUGUGUCUAACGGACCAAAGCUGUGCAGGACAGACGCCGAAUGGAUUCUAGAAGAUUUCGAAGAUGCUGGCAAGCAAGUGACGUUGGCCAAUUUUGCAGACUUGUGGUUCCUCGACGCGGGCGCCACGACGGUGCGCGGGAAAAAGUUGGGUAUUGAUGGAGCAACCAUGGUCCAUAUGGUCGACGAGAAUGGCACCUUGAUGUGCUCGGCUGAGCCCUUCGACAAUGCCAGCUUUGUGGUCAUGUCGCACGUCAAAUAG